AUGGGGUAUUGUGGAAGCAAACAAUAUAGGAAGGAUAAACAAAUCAACAAAAAUAGUAUCAGUGACUCGCAAUUUUAAUAGUAUCAAUUGCAAAAUGUAAUCCAUUAAUUUAUUGCUAGUCGAUGUCAUAAUCAACUAACCUUAAUUGCUCAUUGCAAUAGCAAAAAGUGUACAAGAAGCGAGACUACAAAAAAAGUGAAUUAAUUGGAAAAGGAUCCUUAUUUGAAGUCUAUCAAGCUCUUGAUAAUAAGACAGGGAAAAUAUUGGCAAUUAAGACUGUUAAGAUUCAAGGGACUAAAGAAUAAGUAUAUUACAAUAAUAAUCAAUAAGAAUAAUCAGUUGAUCAAUUAGUUAAAGGCUGAAAUUAAAUUGUUGAAACAAUUAAAACACAAGAACAUAAUCCAGUAUUAUUUUACAGAAAUAAGCCCAGAUUUUACUUAAGUUGAUAUUGCUCUAGAAUAUAUAUCAUAAGGUUCCUUAAAGAGGGUCUUGAGUAAAAUUGAUCUUGAGGAAUCCAAUAUUAGAAUAUAUAGUAAACAAAUUCUGGAAGGCAUUCAGUAUCUCCAUAAAAAAAAUAUUGUACAUAGCAACAUUAAGAGUUCAACUAUCUUAGUUGAUAGCGAAGGCACAAUCAAACUAUCUAAUUUUAAAAAGUUCAUUUAGAUUGAUCAAGAUUUUGAUACAAAUCAAAAAUAAAAGUCGCCUACAAUAGAAGAGGAAUAGAAAAGGAAUAAGGAGAAAUUUGCAAUAGACAUCUUAUCUUUAGGGGCUGUAAUAAUAGAGAUGUUUGGGGGUUGUGCAGUCAAUGUUAAUGAUGUGAUUAAGAAUAGUUCAGAAAUACUAAAACCCCCUUAUCCAUAACAUGCCAGUGCACUCUCUAAAAAUCUCUUAGAUAUUAUUUUUGUACCAAAUCAUUAAUAAUAUUCAGCUGAUAAAUUACUUUAGCAUCCAUUUUUUAAUUUUUAAUAAGGAAAAAUUGAAUUUUAAUUAGAUGAUCCUAAUUCUGAUCCCUCCAUAAUUGGGUCCAGCUUUGAGAUGAAAAAACCUUUUAUUUAAGAUACUAAUUAGGAUCUCGGAAUCGAAUAGGGUGCACUGCUGUAAAGCAAUAAACAAAGGUAUAUUUUUAUUUUUAAAUUAGACAGCAGGAACUUGAAUAAAAACUUUAAAGUUUGUUAAGGAAAAAACACUUACAAAAAUGA